UGGCUGCCGCUCCCCAGAGUUUUAGCCUUGGCUUUUUUGAAUUAAUAAUUUUUUCUUUUCUAUCCUCGGUGUUUGGCACUUUUCAAACAGCAGCGCCCCGCAGAACGCGGCGCGGACCGAGCCGCCCCGGUGGCGCUGCAGGCGGCGGUGGCGCGGGGAGCGAUGCUGCCUGCCCGCCGUGGCUCCCCGCAGCCCGCCCGGGCUCCCGGAGGCGCCGGCGUCGCCUGACCAGAGGGAAAGGGGGGUGCUGGAUGCGGGCGCGACCCGGAGGCAGCGCUUGCCAUGUGCUGGUAGCGCCCGGGGCCCGGCAGCGGGUGAGUCGGGGCGGCAGCGGGCAGGGCGGCACCGGGCACGGCCCCCGCCGCCACCAUGGUGAAGGAGGAGUGCAAGGCGCUGCUGGACGCGCUCAACAAGGUGACCGCCUGCUACCGGCACAUGGUGCUGACGAUCGGCGGCACCUCGGACUCCCAGAACCUGCGGGAGGAGCUCAAGAAGACCCGGCAGAAAGCUCAGGAGCUGGCGGUGGCUAACAGGAACAAGCUCACCACGGUCCUGAAGGACAAAACCGUGAGUAAGGAAGAUAAAGCCGAGUUCGAGAGGCUAUGGGUGAUUUUCUCCACGUGCCUAGAGAUCCUGGAGAUCGACAUGAGGAGAGCCCUGGAGCUGGGCCACGAGUUCCCGCUGAACGUCCCCAAAAAACACCUGAUCCAGACGGGCAUGAGCGGGGGAACCUCCGGCGUGGCCGCCCGCGCCAUGAGCGUCCAGAACAUGAAAUACGAGGCUGAGCACAACAUAGACGUGGUGGAUUUGAAAGACCUCGAGAACGAGAUCAAUCAGGUAGGAGAGAUGAUGUACGAGAUGGAGAUGAAGGUCAAUGUCCCCCAGUGGACAGUAGAGGCUAAGCAAGACCCAGGGGCUGAACUGAAAUCCACCAUCAGCGUGGGCGCUUCCUCUAUUGGCAUGAUCUCUGUGGAGGAAAAUAAAUCCUUCUGCGAUAUCAGCAAGGUUCUAGCUGGGAUUAUUUUCACUGCUGUGCUCAUUAUCGCUAUUGUCCUGGCAGUGUGUGUGGUAAAACUGUCUUAGGGUGGCGCUCUGACACGAGCGACCCCUCUCCAGCCUGUCUCGGGAGUGUUUCAUGCCUCACCUUUACUUCAAAGAGUGUCAUUUGGAGAUGAGCUGAGAAUUUUAAACGAGCACUUGAAAGAACAAAGCAGAACUUUUGCCUCUGGAUAUCCUAAAAUGCACUAUUUGUUUCUUCAUGCUUUUUGAAGAAAAGGGAUCCAAAUCAGCCUGCAGAAUAGAAUGUCUUCAUUUACUGGACUUGUAACAGUCAAGCCAAGUAUCAGGGUAUUAUCACUGCUGGCUGUAACAGGGAUUUGCCUGCUAUUAAUAGGUCACUAUUCUCAGAAGCCUGUGGUUUUCGUUCUUCACUAGGCUCUGGUGUUUGCUGCUGGUCACUGUUUACAGUAUUGGAGGGUAACAUAAAUUUGAUGGCUAACGUAGGUGUUUUGUGAAUAGAGUACUUUUUUUCCCAUCAAAUACAAAAAAGUAUUUCUUAAGCGAAGGAAAGGGGUAAGGAUGAAAAGAAAUAAAAAAAUGUAACCAAUCUCUAUUUUAAAUAAGUUAAUAAGUUAAAUAAGUUGGGGAGGGGGAGAAAACAGAAUGAUGUUUGAUACCAAGUACUGUUUGUUGAUUUAGACUGGAUUGUACGGGACCCAGUUGCAUGAAUUGGCACAGCAUAUGUGAAUGACUAAUCGGUUUCCAAAUCCAGACACAAAAAAGGGAGAGUUGCAUAUUCAGAAAAAUACUAGCAAGCCUCAUGGUUUUCAUUCACAUUUACCAGAAUUUUAUCUUUCCCUGCAGAAAGACUGAUUCUUGCUACUUGUUCUAAUCUUUCUAAAGAAGAAGUAAUUUGCACUCCUUGAUUAACUAUGAAAACAAGAGCAAUGAAUCUACCCACAACAGAUGCAAUAACAUGGAAAAAUAUAUUUUAGCAAACAGAAAUGAUGUUAAGUUAAAAAGACCUUCCCAAUGGGAUCCCCUCUCCUGUUGACGGGCAGGGACUGAUGGCUGUAUGUGUACAGCUACAUUUCUGCAAGCUCCCAAAUUGCAGAAAUCCAGACAAAGAUAAAAAUGCUAACAUAAUAUUUCAGUCGAGUCUGAUUAAUCAUCUGGGAAACAUUAAGCUUGUAGGAUCGGUCCCAUUUGAUAACACUAUAAUUCUGGAAGGGAAAUGUAACAGCAUAAAACUUUCCAGUGCUUCCCUGUGGAAUUGUCAACAUUUAAAUGUAAAACUGUGCAAACAGACACUUACUUAGCAGAGAAGCUUUACAGUAUUUUGUAAAAAGGAUUUAUUAUUUACUUCUGGAAAUACCUUCUAGUGCUGUGAACACACACUAUCUGUUCAGGAAUGCUUGGUACAUGUGCUACAGUGCCAUAGGUGUAUGGGGCACUCCACAGCCAAAUAUAAAAACUCCAAAAUAUUGGAGGUUUAAGAAGUAAUUUUUCUUCAUUGAUUAUUACAAGUACACUAUCAAAAAGUAGUAAUAAUCAGACAUGUUUUGUGAACAGUCUUGGUAAAUAAAAUUGACAACAUGCAUAAACACCUAAUAUUAAUAUUUCUGAGUUAAGAACUAAAUAUACUUCAAAAAACUGCAGCAAACAGUUUAUUCUUUUAAACUGGAUUUAUGGGGGCGAAAGUGCAUUUGAAUCUGGUCACUUGUAGGUGAGGAAAAAAUUAGUAAGCAGAGGCCUGAAUCAAAGCCAUAGAUUAUUCUUAUGUUGAAGGAUAUACGCGAGCUCUGCACAUUGGUCCAGUCUAACUCCAUUCUCUUGGGAAUUCAGAGUGUUACAAGACAACUCCACAUUCCUUUCUGUUAUGUUUCACUCAUUCCAUAUAAUGUUUUGUAUGUAGUUAAUCUAUGUCUGCAGAGAUCCCUGACAGCUUUCUAACAAGGCCAGGUCUGUAUUUAUCGGUGCUACAGUUCCAGCCUGCCUAGGCAAGGUGUAAUUGCUGAGUGUUCAUUUAAAUUGGAUGAUCUCCUUCACAGUAACAAUAAGUAAACAUAUUUAAGGAAAAUACAGCAAAAGCUGAAGGAGAAUGUACCUAUUUGGAUUGUCACCACUUGUCAUUAAGGACCUGUGGAUGUUUCACGUUUUUCAGUUGACAGGAAGGUAGAGAAGCCAUUGGGCUCUAUUCUGUGCUUCCUGAAAACUCCAUAUACCUUGUAAAAUCAGACCAUUUAGAACCACAUGUUCUCAAACCCCGAGUCAUGAAUGCAAGUCUUUUUUCUGGUGGAUAGGCAAAUGGCAACACUGACAAUGUUCAUUAUCUUUUAUCUUGGUAUCUUCCACACACCUAACCAUAGAUAAUCAGUUUAUCCAUGCUUAGUUGUGUAGAAGAACUUUUAAGAAUAGUCAUCUUCAAAAGCAAGCCUCAGUAGUUUGGUAAACUGAAAGUUUUCAGUCCGCUGCAGUUUGUGGGUUUUUUUACAUUUGGAUUUUUUUAAUAAUAGGACUCAAAGAAUAAAUAUAAAUAGCCUCUAAGUAUGUAAGUCUUGCUUUAUUAUGAAUAUGCACACAAUUAUUAUUUACAUGGCCUUGGAAAAAGAAUUUUCAAAUCUUAAGAUAAAGCUGGUUGCAAAUUAAUUCAUCAUUAGUAUGUUCCUAAAAAUCUGUAUCAUCUUAUACUUAGGCUAUCUGAAAUUAAUAGAUUAAGUAGAAUUCUAACAGAGGAUUGGCACUGUCUACAUGGAUAAAAUGCUGCCAUUUAUCUCCUACAUGUGUUUGCUCCAUGUGACAGAGUUUGGCAUAACUGCACAAAACCAAAACUAAAUGAAACCUCCAUUACCCAAAAGUAUGGAGGCUUCCUGUAAAUUAAGAAAUAGAGAUACAGAUUUGCAGUCUUCAUUUUCCCCCCUAUUGGAAUGCGACUGGAAAUGCAACUUUGUAAGUGAAAAAUGGGAAUUCAUACUUCAAAAUACUCUAUAUUGAAACAGCAUGAUGAAAAAGCACAUACUCUCAUGUUGAUUAGUGUGACUGUAAUUAUAGUACAAAAGAAAAUGGUCAUUGCUUAAUUAAUAUGUGUUGACCUACUUCAGUUCUUUAGUCUUUUUUCACAGAAUACACACAUUAAAUUUGCUGUAUACUAAAAUCUUACUCCUGACUUGAAUUACAUUGGUUUUGCCUGUGCAUGGGUGGUGUUUUCUACACUUUCAAUAAUGCAAACCUGUUACUGUGACUAUUUAUUUAACUUAAAAUAAAGUACUUCCUUAUAACUUA